CAGAAGAACUUCUCAACGAGCAGACCACCGUCCUGCUCUUGGAUGAACCUGUAUGACUGAGAAGGCAUAAGGAGGAUCAUUAGACAGAAACUUGAAGUUGAAGCCGUCGUGCAAAAUAUCAAAGCCAAAAACACUUUCUUCCACUAGAAAAUGUCGAUCAUUCUGAACUUGAUAUCUCCUUCUUAUAGAAGUAACUGAGCGAUUCUACACUUUCCUGAAGAACACGAAACCCAUGUUUUGUAAUUUUAUUCCCUCGUCCAUUUCAACGAAGACCAGCGGUCUGGACAGCGUGUCUGCAAAAGAGAUGGUCGACAUCUUGUGCUACGGCGAAAAGGCGGAAUUGGUGCCAGAUAGUAGAAAUUCGUCACGCAUGCCGUUGCCGAGUAAGGAGGCCACCGCUGCACAUGGAGGAAGUGCUAUCAGGAUUGGGAAUGGUAAUCAGGAACAAACUACUUCGCCCACACACUCGGUAAGUGAUCUGCGGGUCUCCAUCGCUUCCGAAAGAACCACCACCAGAGGCAUAGAGCAGCGAGCCGAGGAAGGUCGUGGUGAUGAUGUCGUGGACAAAAAAGGAGCUACAGGUCAGCUUCUGGCCUCAAACAACGUUUCUCGACGAAAGACGGAUACUACAAUUUUAUUCACGAUUCAUCAGCCAUCGAGCUUGUUGUACUCGUGUUUUCAAGACGUAUACUUCCUGGGACGCGGC